ACCACCAAAUCCGUCCGCGCAACCGUCCGCUCCUCCUUGAAAAACGUCAACCCUCACGAAAACAUCUACAACCUCCCCAACUUCCUGACAGUAACCCGGCUCUUCGCCGCGCCAGCCACGGCCUAUCUCCUUCUCCACGACCACCACGCCUGGGCACUUGGUCUCUUCGCCUACGCCGGCAUCACCGAUCUCGUCGACGGCUACCUCGCGCGGAAAUGGAAACUCCAAACCGUGGCGGGCAGCGUGAUGGAUCCCAUGGCGGACAAAGCGUUGAUGAUCAUCGUUACCGUCACAUUAGCCGUCAAAGGCGCCAUUCCUCUCUACCUAGCAACCCUCAUCCUCGGCCGCGACGCCUCCCUCGCCCUCGCAGCCCUCUACUACCGCUACGCCUCCCUCCCAUCUCCGAAAACUUUCCUCCGCUACUGGGACUUCUCCCUCCCUUCCGCCGAAGUCCACCCGACCACCGUCUCAAAGUACAACACGCUCCUGCAAUUGCUCCUCAUCGGCGCCACUUUGACCCUCCCUGUUCUCACCGCCACGCCCACCCUCGCAUCCUCACUAGCCAACGCUGGAGUGAGCGACGCCGUGCUAGCGAAUGGCGUCUUUGGUCUACAAGGCGUCGUGGCGGCUACCACGGCUUGGAGUGGACUUAGCUAUGCAUUUUUGAAGAACGCGGUGACGAUUCUGGGAACGGAUGAGGCGUUGAAGGCGAAGCAGGGAGCGAGAGGCAGGGCGAUUAUUGGAGUUACGUUUGGGAGUGUGGUUCUUGUUGCUGCGUGGUUGGGUGUAAAUCGG